AUGCUGGGUUCCUGCUUUAAACCGCCGCCAAAGUCGACUGCCGAGAUUCUCCUUUGCGUAGGGCUCCGAUUUGGCCCAGAUGCUUUAAACUCGCAUAUUUCGUUGCAUGCAUGGAAGACGCUAAGCCCUGGGACAUGGAACCGAGCUUUUAACGAGCAUGGCCAACUGAGACUGGACAAUGUUCUCAAUCGUAUACGACGAGGGGGUGUCGAUCCAUCAAUUAGAGCAGAAGUCUGGGAGUUUCUAUUGGGUUGCUUUGGUCCUAGCAGCACGACACAACAACGAGAUUCCCUUCGAGCGUCUCGUAGUGGGCAAAUUGCAACUUCACCACGUAUAAACGCAGAUGGUAGUCUAGCGGAAGAAUGUAAUGGUGGUGAAAUAUCGGGUGGAAAUGAGAUUAGCCACCACCAAAACGGACACAUGAAUGGGGCUUAUCAGCAGACUUCAAUAGCCCCAUAUGAAAAGCAGUGCAAGAAGACAAUUCAGUGGAGAUUGAAUCUUCAUCAGAUUGGAUUGGAUGUGGUCCGCACUGACAGGAUGCUGCAAUUUUAUGCAAGCCAAGAGCAUAUGUCAAAGCUUUGGGACAUCCUAGCUGUAUAUUGUUGGCUCGAUCCUGCUAUCGGCUACUGCCAAGGCAUGAGUGACUUCUGUUCUCCUCUAGCUUUGAUGUUUCAAGACGAGGCUGAUGCAUUCUGGUGUUUCGAGCGCAUUAUGAGCCGUUUGCGCGACAAUUUCAGUUGUACAGAUAAAGAAGUUGGUGUUGAGAAACAAUUGGCCGUGCUAGCAACUUUAUUGAAGGUUUUAGAUCCGAAGCUUCACGAGCAUAUAGACUCAAUAAAAGGAGGAGAUUACAUCUUUGCAUUUCGCAUGAUCAUGGUGCUUUUUAGGCGAGAAUUUUCUUUUGUCGACACACUUUACCUUUGGGAGAUGGAUACACUACCUUGGCUCCAAAAUUAUAUGCCGUAUGGUGUGGGCCUUGGUACUCGAGGAUUAGACGAAGUUUUGAAGCUGCUGAAUGAUGUAACUGGGAAGGUUGAUCCUAAGGAGGUUUGCAAAUCAGCUUUGAAGCUUCAUAGUGAAUAUCUGCGCAGAGUGCGAAGGCCGUCGAAAUGAUGGAGCAUAUGCUCUGCUUAGUGCGUUGAUGUCUCCGUCUCUUAUUUGAAACCGAGUCAUUAGUUCAGUUGUAAAACAGGUUGCUCCAGUUAGAGUAUGUUAGUAUCAUUAUUUUUCUUGUUAUUGCUAAUUUAGAUACUGCUCCUUUAGGAGUCUUUAUAUUCCAAUCUUUGAAAAGGAUUGGCUUACUAAAUGCACGAUACACAGCUUUCUUACUGGUGUUGGUACUUCGCUGUGGAUGACUGAAACUGAAAGUUUAGACGCAAUCUAGGAUUCGACGCUCAAGGUUAUAAAAUCUUUUUUAAGCUUCUAUAACUAUUGCUUACGUAAUGUACACUGAGAUACAGCACUUUUCACCAUCAA